AUGCCAGGGUGCACUUGGUCAGGAAGGACGGAUCCGGUCGUACAAUGCCUGGCCUGUCCAUGGGAACACCGGACGCGUGCGACUGGUGAGCAAGAAGCGGCGCCCGGUCAGGAACGAGGAAGAGCCAGUAUCGGACAGGCUAUCUGGACAGAAAAGAUAUUCAUGGAGAACAAGAAAGAUCCAAUGGCCUCCUACAUGCAGGUGAAGCUUUGCGAACUUCGCGCCGAGCCAGCGUGCAUCGAGUGCUUGUACGGAGUUAGGCCUCGAGCUAUAUCAUCCUCACCUACCGAAGGUUUGAGCGCUCAUGGGUUCAAAGAGAAAGCCUCGCCAGCACUCGCCAAUCAGUCAUCACUUUACUCAUUCGCUUUACGGGAAGUGAUUGUCGCUACUUAUGCGCUGCUCGCUUCGGUGUUCUUCUUUGUUGCGGCCGUACAACGAAACUAUGGUCUCGUCAUUGCAUCGGCUGUUAUUCAGAUCAUCUGCCUAGUUGCUCUGAGUCAAUUGCUCAGUCCAUCUCGACUCAGCGCAGUACUAGUCAAUUCUCGUGUUCUUGCCAUAGACAACAGCUCAUACCCUGUUGCCCAAGUCAACGUUGUACUCCUGUAUUCAUUCAUCGUCACACUUCUAUUUGUGAUCUCGACGCAAUUUAUAGCCACAGUAAUCUCGCUUCGAAGUCAUUCCACGACCAACACCUCUACGUCACAUAAUGUCUAUCCUCAGCAGAGAACGAGUUUUUGA